UGACUCCAGCUUGCACACGGUCUGCCUGGCGCCUCACGACUCAGCUCCUCCCUCUCCCCGUGUUUCCCUCCGCCGCCCCCUCAGCCCCCACCCCGGGCUCGCUCUCCCCCAAAACGUCUCUGGCGCUCUGCGCUUUCCUGUCUCCCGGCUGUGAGGACCCUUCUGUCUCCUUCCCUAUUUGAACUCCGCGGCUUCCAGACUGUUGCCACGUCCCUAAACCCUAACUCCAACACACACACACGCACACGCUGGCACGCACGAUUUCUGUCCCUGUGUGACACCCACCCUCGCCGCGCGGCCCCGCAGGUCCCCCGCGCGGUGCCCUCCUCCCGCCACGCACAGGCGCGCGCGCGCGGGGCCGAACGGAGGCAGCUCGCCCGCAGCUCCGCACUCGGCGGUGACCUGCUCCAGUCUCGCAGCGCCGAUGGCAUCUCCCGGCUCCGGCUUCUGGUCCUUCGGGUCUGAAGAUGGCUCCGGGGACCCCGAGAAUCCCGGCACAGCCAGAGCCUGGUGCCAAGUGGCUCAGAAGUUCACGGGCGGCAUCGGAAAUAAGCUAUGCGCGCUGCUCUACGGGGACGCCGAGAAGCCGGCGGGGAGCGGCGGGAGCGGGCCCGCGCGGGCCGUCGCCCGGAAGGCCGCCUGCGCUUGCAACCAGAAGCCCUGCAGCUGCCCCAAAGCGGACCUCAACUACGCGUUCCUGCACGCGACAGACCUGCUGCCUGCCUGUGACGGAGAAAGGCCCACUCUGGCGUUUCUGCAAGAGGUCAUGGACAUUUUGCUUCAGUAUGUGGUGAAAAGCUUUGAUAGAUCCACCAAAGUGAUUGAUUUCCAUUAUCCUAAUGAGCUGCUUCAAGAGUAUAAUUGGGAAUUGGCAGAUCAACCACAAAAUUUGGAGGAAAUUUUGAUGCAUUGCCAAACAACUCUAAAGUAUGCAAUUAAAACAGGGCAUCCCAGAUAUUUCAAUCAACUUUCCACGGGCUUGGACAUGGUUGGAUUAGCCGCAGACUGGCUGACAUCAACAGCAAACACGAACAUGUUCACCUAUGAAAUUGCUCCAGUAUUUGUGCUCUUGGAAUAUGUCACGCUAAAGAAAAUGAGAGAAAUCAUUGGCUGGCCAGGGGGCUCUGGCGAUGGGAUAUUUUCUCCUGGUGGCGCCAUUUCCAACAUGUACGCCAUGAUGAUCGCGCGCUUCAAGAUGUUCCCGGAAGUCAAGGAGAAAGGAAUGGCUGCCGUUCCUAGGCUCAUCGCCUUCACAUCCGAGCACAGUCAUUUUUCUCUCAAGAAGGGAGCUGCAGCCUUGGGGAUUGGAACAGACAGCGUGAUCCUGAUUAAAUGUGACGAGAGAGGGAAAAUGAUCCCAUCUGAUCUUGAAAGAAGGAUCCUUGAAGCCAAACAGAAGGGAUUUGUUCCUUUCCUCGUGAGUGCCACGGCCGGAACCACCGUGUAUGGCGCGUUCGACCCCCUCUUGGCUAUCGCUGACAUUUGCAAAAAGUAUAAGAUCUGGAUGCAUGUGGAUGCGGCUUGGGGUGGGGGAUUACUGAUGUCCCGAAAACACAAGUGGAAGCUGAGUGGCGUGGAGAGGGCCAACUCUGUGACGUGGAAUCCGCACAAGAUGAUGGGGGUCCCCUUGCAGUGCUCCGCUCUGCUGGUUAGAGAAGAGGGGUUGAUGCAGAAUUGCAACCAAAUGCAUGCCUCCUACCUCUUUCAGCAAGACAAGCACUACGACCUGUCCUACGACACUGGAGACAAGGCCUUACAGUGCGGGCGCCACGUGGAUGUUUUCAAAUUAUGGCUAAUGUGGAGGGCAAAGGGUUCUACUGGGUUUGAAGUGCAUGUCGAUAAGUGUUUGGAGCUGGCAGAGUAUUUAUACAACAUCAUAAAAAACCGAGAAGGAUAUGAGAUGGUGAUUGACGGGAAGCCCCAGCACACAAACGUCUGCUUCUGGUACGUACCUCCCAGUUUGCGCACCCUGGAAGACAAUGAAGAGAGAAUGAGUCGCCUCUCAAAGGUGGCGCCAGUGAUUAAAGCCAGAAUGAUGGAGUAUGGCACCACCAUGGUCAGCUACCAACCCUUGGGAGACAAGGUCAAUUUCUUCCGCAUGGUUAUCUCAAACCCCGCAGCAACCCACCAAGACAUUGACUUCCUGAUUGAAGAAAUAGAACGCCUUGGACAAGAUUUAUAAUAACCUAGCUCACCAAGCUGUUUCACUUCUCUAGAGAACAUCCCCAGCUAAGCCCCGUACUGAGAAACCUCCUUUGAGAAUUGUAUGAUUUCACAAAAUGCAAGGGGAACACCACUUUGUCUCUAGGAAUAGAAGAAACCAAUUAUGGAGUGUCACAAACUGCCACAGUCGCAGGUGUUGACGCUGCUGGGCGUUGGAGUAGGCGCUACUCCUCCACAGAUGGACAGAGGAAGCGCAGUGUAAAUAUAGUAGCAAGACAAGGAAUCAGGGAACCUCAAACUGGGUAUCAUCUUGCACGUGCUCUUCUGUUUUUAAGUGCUAAAUGCAAACACUGUGUAUUUACUAGUUACGUGUGCCAAAAUACUGUUCCCAAUUGGUGUUUCGGAAUGACAUUGACAUUUCCCCCAACAUUACUCCAUUACUAAUGACAGAAAAAAAUAAAAACGUAAAAUAUACAAACGUGGCAACCUGUUCUUCUUACCAAAUAUAAACUUGUGUAUGAUCAAAGUAUUUUAUCUGUGUCGUCUCUCUAAACCCAAAUAAAUGUGUAAAUGUGGACACA